CUUUGACGUACAUAGUCACUUAAGCUUGAUUUCUCGUACUUGCAUUAUCAUUUAGCUUCAUAAGAACAGCAAUAUGAGUAAAACUAUUCUUUUGUUAAGUCUGGCCUCGUUUGGCAGCCUGGUAAUGGCUGGCCAUUUUGAUGAGGACCAAGGUGGUUCAUCAUAUGAAGAAAAAACAAAACAUGUGGAAAUACCAAUUAUUAAGAAAUAUGCCAUACCUAUUCCACAUCCAGUGCCUUAUGAAGUGCCAAAAGAAAUUAAAAUACCUAUUCCUCAGCCUUAUAAAGUACCAGUCGAAAUCCCACAUCCUUAUCCAGUCGAAGUAGUCAAGCAUGUUGAAAUACCCAUAGAAAAACCCGAGCCUGUUGUUAUUGAAAAGCAUGUUCCUUAUGUUGUGGAAAAGCCAUAUCCUGUUUACGUGGAGAAAAAAUUCCCUGUGCCGGUAGCGAAACCAUAUCCCGUUCAUGUCCCGAUUUACAAACACGUGUUCCAUUAUACAUCUAAGGGUAAAGGACAUUAGAUUUUAUGGAUAUUAAAUAUUAACUUUAAAUCGACUUGCUGCCCCGGAAGAUUAUGGAGCACAAAUGAUUCUUAAUUUCAGUAGGGACAAUCAUUUAUUAAAUAUUUUUGUCGUAUUACAUUCAGUAAUUAUAAAUCUUUUCUUAAGAUUUAUUACCGAUAGGAAACAAAAUAAAUAUGUGUUAAAUAAUUUAUCAAAUUCCGGAUUGAUUCUGGCAAGUCAGUGUAUAGAUAGUUUUGUUACAUGUUUUUAUAUUGUUAAGUUUUUAUUGAUAUGUAAAAUACAUAUUUGUUUUUGUGUGAUUAUUAAUAAACAAUUCCAAUUAUAAA